AUGUUUGAAAGACUCGCGGAGCCAGUGGAGGUUGAAGACAUCAUCAUGGUCUUUCCCUCCAAAAUCGAUAUCCAAGGAGCCGACCUCUGGAUUGUGCGAUCUUGCCCAGAUGACAAUCCACCAUGUCCGCGAACGGAUUCCAUCAUGGUCUCCAGGGGACUAUAUUCCAGAACGGCCACACGAGGUCGGUGGUGUAUGUUCGGGCCAGAUGUAAACUAUGUCACAGAUGAGCCUGAGGACGGAGAGGAGAUUGAAAAUCCAGAGGUCAAGUCACUCAGAGAAGUCCUACGCCCCCUGUCCAGAAUCUACCGUCAAUACGAUAAUAUUCGAAUUACCGUCAAUCCCCAUGGAAGGGAUGUGCUUCGAGAUUACUUUCGGAAGCUAUGCCCUCUCUGCCUCAAUGAUUUUUGGAACCCCGAGGAACAAGAUCAUGAAGAAAUGUUUCCGAGUCUUGUCACCUGGAAUGGUGUUGUGAUGGACCAGGCAUGUCCUGUUUGCAUGGGCUUUGACAUCGCCGAUGAUGAUAGGGCUUAUGUGGAGGAAUUGGGAGAUCUGAAAGGUCAAGUUCGGUGCGAGCCAGAUCCCGAGAAAUAUGAGAAGGGCAGACAGAAGUUCCUCGACCUGGUACGCGAGAGGUACACGGUACAAAACAAGCGAAAGAGAGAGAUGGGCUUAAGUCUGUGGAAUAUCGAUGACCGAAUUAGACGGUACCGGCGCGGGUUCCUUGAAGAUAAGAAGGCCCCGGCUGAUUCAUCGACGGAAGAGGAAGAUGAGGACGACGAUGAGGAUGAGGAUGCUGACGAGGAUGACGAUGAAGAUGAUGGAGAGAACGAGUAG